UUAAAUCGCGCUUUCACGUUAGAAUUGCCAUUCUAUCGUUUUAAACGUAAGUGAACCAGGACCCUAUUCACAAUGUGUGCGAAUCCAUGCCUUGAAACAGAGUGUGAACGUGUAUACUAGGUAAAUAUAUAAGAUAGAAAGGAACAGUUGUGACAGUGUACAGCAGUGUAUAAUUAUUAUGUAACUUAUGCGGACGGACAUGGGGCGAGAAGGCAUGGAUGGUGGUUGGGCCUGGGUGGUCCUCGCGGCCGUCCUGUGCUCACAGAUACUUCUAGGCGGAAUAUGCUUCUCCGCCGGAAUCUUCUAUUUCAUUUUCGAGAGGGAGUUCGAUUCCAACCCAGUGGAACUGUCAUGGUUGUGUUCCCUGCCCACCACAAUGUGGCUUAUAUCCACACCUGUCGGCAGUCUUCUUGUCAACAAAUUUGGAUACCGAAUAUGUGCCUUCUCUGGUGGGCUAGUAUCAGCGCUUGGGAUGACGCUUAGUUGUUUUGCCCCUGCUAAAUACUUUCUCUUCUUUUCACACGGAAUAGUCACAGGGUUCGGUCUUGGUUUAAACUACACUGCAUGUUUUGUGGCAUUGAAUACCUAUUUCGACAAGUACAAGACUUUUGCGACAGGACUUGCAUCAGUCGGCCAUAAUAUUGGACAGAUCAUUUAUGCGAAGUCAAUCGUCACGUUGGAUGGGCAAUAUGGAUGGAAAGGAAUGCUGCUUAUACAUGGAGGACUUGCGCUAAAUCUAUGUGUAUUUGCAACUGUCCUGUUCCCAGCUCUUUCAACGGAAUUGAAUCAAAAAGCCAUUGGUUCAAAUAGAAAAAAAGCUGAUAACCUUAAGGCAUUUCGUGUUUUUGGAAAUGCAUCUUUCUUGUGCCUUUGCAUCAGCAAUAUGUUUGUAAACACAGGAAAUGGUGUGUUCUUUUUACAUCUGCCUUCUUUUUCGCGAACCGGUGGCUUUCAGGAAAAAGAUUUUAGCCUCCUCUGGACAGCUUAUGGUAUCGCCACUAUUAUUGGAAAAGUUGUCAAUAGCAUUCUUGGUCAACAUCCGAGAGUAAAUGCCGUUUUCGUUUACUUCUUUUCUCUCAUGCUUGUCGGGAUUUCAAUGACGUUGUUGCCUUUAUUUUUGAAUAAAGUUGGGCUUUUAGUGCUGUCCGCAUGCGUUGGUUACUUCCUGUCGGUGACUGGUGCGCUGAUGUCAGCAGUUGUGUUUGCAAUAGUAGGAUAUGAACACUUUGCCGACGGAAUCGGGAUGUCCAUGCCAUUUAAAGCUUUUGGAAACCUAAUGGGAGGUCCACUGGGAGGUGUGCUGUACAACUUGACGGGUACCUAUUCCUCCUCCUUCUAUCUGGCUGGUGCUAGUUCGGUGAUCGCCUCGCUCUUAAUGAUCCAUCCUAUCGUCUGCAGACGCCGAAAUACAAUGCAGAAAAAGCGCGGGCUUUCCGAAAUAAUUGCAGAACAGGAAGUGUUUCAAGUCGAAAGAAAACAGACGUUUCUGUGUGAUGACAAAUAUACACCGAGUUAUAAAGAAGACAAUGCAGAUAUGUGAACACGAAAUUAAAUAUUGCUGUCUAUAUAUUUAUAAAUCAGGGACGAAUUUAGCUCACCUGAACACAAAGUGUUUUAAAUAUUGGCCUGAAAUACCAUUGCAUGAUCUUCUCUAAAGGAAUAACAUGGCCGCCAGGGCAAAAAUAAAUUGAAGCAAUUUUAAAACAACUUCUUUUCCAAACAUACGCUAGCUACCAGACUGCUACAUAGCUUAAAUGUUUGGUAUGUGGCAUCGCCCAGAGGUUUUUUAACAACUGUGUUCAAUUCGUACUACAUGAGCAGGAGUUGUUCCAGGGCUCAUUGUUUUAAUCAUGAUGGACUUAGACUAGAAGGAAAGUUAAAAACAAAACAACAAAAGAAUAUCUGAUAUGUGGCAUGAAAGCAUAAGCUAGAGG